CGCUUUCUGAGACAGUAUCACAGCAGCUUAAUGGAACAAAACCUGUCGAAAAGGAUGCCCUCUUAUCUAACAUCGCGAAGCUGAGAAAGGAUCUACUGGAUGCUACACCUUACUUACCUUCAUUCGAUCGCCGGCAGAGUGAACUACAGAUCAAAGCUAUAGAAAAACAAUUAGAGGAGCUCAUCCAAAGUUCCUCUUCGCGAGGAGGUAGCAAGUCUGCCUCCAAAUUCUCCUUCAAACGGUCAACUCCGAGUAAAUCGAUUGUGUAUCAAUCAAAUAUUGCUACAAAUCGUUCUAUUACCCCUUCUGAGCCCCAAGUAGAGGCCGCUGAUAUGGCUGCGUCUCCGAAUGCGGACGGAAACACAACACACGGAGAAACAGCACACCCGGCGGUCGCUUCAUUACGACUUCAUGACCUGAGUGAUCAAUUCCUUACCGGUUCAGAUCUAUUUGCUCAUUCAACCGCAUCGGAGCUACUCGACAAUGCUAGCACUCCAGAACAAGACAGAGCCACCGAUAUAUCCUUGUCUUCGCUCACGAAUUGUGUCGUAGAUCUUACGACAAGGCCGGGAAAUGCUCUAUCAGCGACAACUGUUCGAGCACUCCAUGUAACGGGGCUGAAGAGAUGCAUUAUACUAACCUCAUUUGUGGACGGAAGUGCAUUGAUACACGAUUGCGAGCAAUGCGUCUUCGUAUUGGCAUUCCGUCAGACAAGUCAACAUGCCAAUAUUCAGGACUUCUUGUGGAUUCGACAGACACCGUCGCCAAAUUGGUCCCUAUUGCCAGAGGAUCAAUGGGUUACUGAAGAGAAAUGGCCCGCGUCAGGAACCCACGCCGAGCAA